ACAAAUCAUUCUCCCUCCUCAAUUGCCUAUCCCCCACCAUAGCUUUCGACGUCUUCUUCUUCUUCUUCUUCCUCCUUGCUCGUUCACUAUCCGCCAUUUUCAGAAGGGGUCGCUUUCCACCCGCAUCCCGUCCCCUCCUUUGCCUCUUUCCCAAUAUAAAAAUCCGAUUUUUGGCCCCCCCGAGAUCCAAUUCUUUGGCUAUUGAUUCUCGAUACGACUUUUUAACCGUUCCCCCUGUUCUCGCCCUCAGUCGCCACAUUGGACCGAACCCACCGCACAAUCAUAAACGCAGCGAAUUUGCUCCAAGAAACGAAGCAACCCCGCCAUUUGUCCUCCCACCCCCAUUUCCUCUUCUGGGUCUUCCUCAUCUCUGCUUCCCGCGAUCUGUUUCUGGGUUAGGGAGAGAUUGAGAGAGGAAAAAAUGGGGAGCUUGGGGGCGAUCCUGAAGAACCCAGAUGAUUUCUAUCCGCUGCUGAAGCUCAAGAUGGCCGCCCGGCACGCCGAGAAGCAGAUCCCGCCGGAGCCCCACUGGGCCUUCUGCUACACCAUGCUCCACAAGGUCUCACGCAGCUUCGGCCUCGUCAUUCAGCAGCUCGACACCGAUCUCCGCAACGCCGUGUGCAUAUUCUAUUUGGUCCUUCGAGCUCUUGACACUGUCGAGGAUGACACCAGCAUACCUACAGAUGUCAAAGUGCCCAUUCUAAUUGCCUUUCAUAAGCACAUAUAUGAACGUGAUUGGCACUUUGCAUGCGGCUCGAAGGAGUACAAGGUCCUCAUGGAUGAGUUUCACCACGUUUCAAAGGCCUUUCUGGAGCUUGAGAAAGGCUACCAGGAGGCAAUUGAAGACAUAACCAAACGGAUGGGCGCAGGGAUGGCAAAAUUCAUUUGCAAAGAGGUAGAAACUAGUGAUGACUAUGAUGAAUAUUGCCACUACGUGGCAGGACUCGUUGGAUUAGGUUUGUCUAAGCUUUUUCAUGCUUCGGGCUCAGAAGAUCUGGCUCUGGAUUCUCUUUCGAACUCAAUGGGUUUGUUUCUUCAGAAAACAAAUAUUAUUCGUGAUUACUUGGAGGAUAUCAAUGAGAUACCAAAGUCACGCAUGUUCUGGCCCCGUGAGAUCUGGAGUAAAUAUGUGAACAAACUCGAGGAUCUGAAGUAUGAGGAGAACUCAGUUAAGGCAGUGGAAUGCUUAAAUGACAUGGUCACUAAUGCUCUUACACAUGUGGAGGAUUGUUUGAAAUAUAUGGCCGCUCUCCGAGAUCCCUCCAUAUUUCGGUUUUGUGCUAUCCCUCAGAUCAUGGCAAUUGGAACUCUUGCUCUAUGCUAUAACAACAUUGAAGUUUUCCGAGGAGUCGUCAAAAUGAGGCGAGGUCUUACUGCCAAAGUAAUUGACCGGACUAAAACCAUGGCUGAUGUCUAUGGUGCCUUCUACGAUUUUGCUUGCAUGAUGAAGCCUAAGGUUGACAAGAAUGAUCCAAAUGCUACAGAAACUCUGAGUAGGCUCGAAGCAGUACAGAAAGCUUGCAGAGAAUGGGGUGCUCUGAACAAGAGGAAAUCUUACAUUGUUAAGAAAGAACCUGCAUACAAUUCUGUUCUGGUUGUUUUCUUGCUUGUCGUUCUUGCUAUUAUCUUUGCUUAUCUCUCUGCCAACCGACAGAACAACUGAGAGUGAGUACCUUUUUGAGAUGAAGUCGGGUCCGAAGUACUUGUAACAUUGCAGCAUUUGAUAUAUCUAUUCUAAUGUGCAGUAUUUUUUAGCUUACAUGUGAUAAGAGGCCAGAAGAAGGCUGCCUUUGUUACAUAUGUAUGCCGUCCUCAGUACUGAAGUUUUCCUUUUCAGUGUUUGUAUUCGAAAUGUUGCACUCAUUAAAAAUGAUGUCUUAGAAGGGCUCUGAUUUUCUCUAUUUCGCUUUA